AUGGUCAAAGAAGAUGCACAGAAUAAUGGAGAAGAUUUUUUUAAAGAAAAUUUUCGAAUGUUUCCACAUACAUUUGACUUACUGUGUGACAAAGUUAAACACAUGCAAAAACUCGAUUCCAACUUCCGCAAAUGUAUACCGCUACGGAAAAGAGUCGCAAUUGCAAUGUACGCCCUGGGAUCAUCUGCUGAAUACAGAACAAUUGCCAAUAUGUUUGGUGUUGGUAAAUCCACAGUAUGCCAAAUUUUAUUAGAUUUUUGCAACGAAGUGUGGCGAGUCAUGAAGAAAGAUUUUUUAAACACGUAUCCUAUUAGUGAAGAACAACUGAAAGAGAGGAUUGCAGGGUUUGAAAAGCUUGGGUUUCCACAAUGCUAUGGUGCCAUUGAUGGAUGUCACAUUGAGGUCAGACCUAACGCUGAUGAUGCAGUAGACUACCACAACUACAAAGGGUGGUACUCAACGGUACUGCUUGCAUUGGUAGAUUACAGGUAA